AUGCCAGAGCAAGACCAUCCCAAGAUGGCGGUAGCUCACUCUACUGCCUCCCAAGACCCUGCUCACCAAAGCAGCCAUGCAAGUGGUCGAUUCCGCUGCCGAGUCGACAACGAUAACGCUCAAAACAGACCGUCGAUCCAAGUCACCCCUGCUUCUCAGUCCGGCCGGAACAACUCCGCUGGCCAAAGAACUGACGCCGGUUACCUUGUUCCACCGUCCCGCCAAGGCCAUCGCAGUUCGUUAAUAAGAGAAAGCACUACGACCCCAAGACCAUCCGAAGCAAACAAUCGACAGUCCGUUCGUAGUAAACAACAGGACCACAGUGAACCCUUGCACGGUACUUACUCCUCAACCCGCCACUUCAGGGGAUCGAACUCGCAAACGCCAAACCUCUCAGGUCUAGUUCGAAACCGGCAAGAAGGUUACGAUGGAAGCUCCGAGCCACCGAUCCGUACUAUUUCUCUCCUGCCACCAGAUGAGGCCCCGCCUCCAAACAGCAGUACCAGAAUGAGCGCAGCCGAAGCAGACGCCUUAUGCAAGAAACUGACCGCUCGCAUCUGGCAUGACGAUAUGAGCAAGAUGUACGAUAAAGUAGUUAAAGCGGAUAAGAGAGGGAAUGUGGAUGACAGGUUGUAUCAACAACUCUUGGAUUUCUUCUAUUGUUUCCUUCCAAUGGUGACCAAGGCUCCGCCCACUGAUCCGGUCGUCGUGCGUCAGUUGGAUCUUGAGAAUCAUAGGAAGAUUUUGAAUUUGUUUGGGGAUGGGAGGAGUAUCCGAAGAGAAGCGGGGAAGAAUGAUCCACAUAGGUGGUUUUCGAAGCCGAGUGAUGGGAGCUUCAAGUCGAGGAUGGAGGAGGGAAUCAGGGGCUUACAUGCUGCUUUGCGUGGGAAAAAGGGGAGGGGUGAGCAUAUAGCUCAUAAGCCGUGA